GUAUGGAAAUAUUGCAUUGUACACAUUUGUGUGUAUCACUCAUAUUGUGUGGCAGGGCCAUAAUUGUCUUACAAUAAAUUCUGAAAUCGCCGACUCAUUAAUUGAAUAUCGAGCAACAGAAUAUCCAAAAUCAAUCGACAUGACCUAUACAACUGAUAAGCUACCCGAGGGAAUGCGACACAAUUGGAACUUCAGAUCAUGGAAGGAAAACGAUAUCAAGGACAGACUACCCGAAGUUCUUAAUCAAAUACAAACCCUGUACGAUAAGGCUGGAGGUGCGGAUAUGGGAAACCUGACCUUCGAUACGUUCCUUCAACCCAUACUGCAGGCACAACGCCUCACGUUCGGAAACUAUUGGUGGUAUGGUACGCUUGGCUCGCCUAUUGUAUUUCCGAAAUUGGUUGGUGUUAACAAAGAAGUUCGUGAUGCCGCGACUGAGGCGGGAAAGGCAAUCGAUGAUUUAACUUUGGAAAUGUUUAUGCGAAAGGAUGUUUUCGAGCGAAUGAUUGAAUUUAGAAAAAUCUGCGACAUAGAUCCAGAGUACGUGCGGUUUGUUGAUCGUAUGAUUACUGUCGGAAAAAGCAAUGGUUUGCAAUUGGAGGCAGAACAACAAGACAAAGUGAAGGUGCUGAAGACUGAAAUAAAUACUUUGGUCGGAGAAUUUGAGAAACGACUGAUUGAAGAUAAAACUGUUGUUCUGUUGAAUGAAAUCGACUUGGCUGGCUUAUCGGAAGAUUUCAUUAAAGGAUUGGAGGUCGAUGCAGAAACCGGAUUGAAAAAAUUAACGAUGAGCUAUCCCACCUAUUUGCCGGUAAUGCGUAAAUGUCGAAUACCCGACACUCGUCGAAAAAUGGUUCUUGCCUAUAAUAAUCGAGGUGGCACUAGAAAUGAGGAGAUCAUGCAGAGAGUAAUUGAAUUACGUCACGAAUGUGCCAAAUUACUUGGAUACAAGACAUGGGCGGCGCUUCGCCAAGAAGAGAACAUGGCUAAAAAUCCAGAAACGGUGGAUUCGUUUCUAAUGACUUUGUCGUCUAAACUGCAGCCGUUGUGGAAAGAGGAAAGAGAAGCUUUACUCAAACUUAAGGAAGAAGAGUGCAAGAAAUACGGGUACGAGUUUAACGGUGAAUUGGACAUGUGGGAUCUCAGCUAUUAUUGUAAUAUGAUUGAAGAGAAGGACUACUGCAUUGACACCGAAAAGUUGAAAGAGUAUUUUCCGUUGGAAACCGUGACCAACGGACUGCUAGGAGUAUAUUCGCAUAUUCUUGGACUCGAGUUCACGAAAUUGGUUGAUCCACCUGCUUGGCAUGAAGAUGUGUUUGCGUAUAAGGUUAAUGAUAAGCAAUCCGGAGAGCUUAUGGGAUAUGUUUACAUGGACUUGUUCCCACGUGAAGGCAAACACUCACACUUUUACAUCAAGCCUAUGCAAAGCGGAUCAGUAAAUGAGGCGGGAGUCAAGGAGAAGACAGUUACUUGUAUGGUCUGCAAUUUCAAUCCACCUAGUCAAGGCAAACCAUCGCUGCUGACUCCUAACGAAGUCAAAACAUAUUUCCAUGAAUUUGGUCACGCAAUGCACACAAUUUGUUCAAAGGCUAAAGUGCAAAUGUUUUGGGGAACUCAUGUUGAACGUGACUUUGUUGAAGCUCCAUCCCAGAUGCUAGAAAAUUGGGUAAAAGAAAAGGAAGUACUUGCUCGCAUUUCCGGUCACUAUCUGACUGGUGAAACUAUUCCAGACGUUGAGGUGGACAAAUUAAAGAAAGCCGAUAAGGCCAACGUUGGAUAUUUCAAUUUGUGGCAGAUUGCUCUCGCAACGUUCGAUCAAAGAAUCCAUCAGAGUGGUUCCAUCGAUCCGCGAAAAGCUUACAGUGAUGUCACAUUCGAGAUUCUUGGUAUGAGACCACAUCCGGAUACAUUCUUCCCUGGAACUUUCGAACAUGUGAUGCAUUCUUAUGACGCCGGUUACUACUCGUAUAUGUGGAGCGAGGUAUUCAGUGUCGAUAUGUACGAAACAGUAUUCGGAAAAGUGGGUCCACUCGAUGCCAAUGCUGGAAUGAAAUAUCGUCAAAUGAUUCUGGAGAAAGGUGGAUCAGUGGAUGGAUUCGAUAUGCUCCGCAAUAUUUUGGGACGUGAACCGAAUCAGGAAGCUUUUUUGAUGAAAAAAGGUCUCAUUUAAUGUCCACACUGGACCGAAUUUAAAAUAUUUCUUUAUUUUGUAAAAGCAAAGGAAUGUGUAAAAUAAAAUGAUUUUUUUCC